AUCUCCCUACUAUACAAACACGAUACAUAUAAUAGCUUUACUCCUCGUGUAGUAAUCUAGUGAUGGCUUCAAUGUGUUUGUUUUCUUCUCCAUUAUAUAACCUUCCAAAAAAUGGUUUCAGUAAAAAGCAUGUUGAUACAUUUGGAAACCAACUAUUAUAUUCAUCACCAAAAACCAAAGUUGUGGCUGUUACAAUGGAAACAACCCCAAAAAUUACUAGAAGAUCAGGGAACUAUCCGCCCACAUUAUGGUCUCACGAUCAUCUUCAAUCGCUAACCAGCAAAUAUACGGGAGAGGAGUGCAUGGCAAGAUCAGAAGUUCUGAAAGAAGAAGUACGGACUUUGAUUGACAACGAAAAUUUAAAGUCCGAGAAUCCAUUAAGCAUACUUAAUUUGAUUGAUUAUUUGGAGCGACUUGGCAUAGCAUAUCAUUUUGUAAAUGAAAUAAGCAAUGCCUUGGAAGAUAUGUAUGAAUGCUACUACAAAAGUCCUGAAAAGUGGAUUGACAUGGAUUUAAAUCUUAAAUCCCUUGGUUUUAGGCUCUUGAGACAACAUGGAUAUCAUAUCCCUCAAGACAUAUUUGGGGACAUUAAGGCUAAAACGACUGGUAUCGUCAAGAGACACUCAAAGGAAGAUAUUGUUUGUAUGCUUAACUUGUACGAGGCGUCUUAUCUUUCGGUAGAUGAUGAACAUAUAUUGGAUAAGGCUAGAGAUAUCACAACCAAGUAUUUGAAAGCAAUUAGUCUAGAGAGCAUUGACGAUCAAUACAUUUCGUCCUUAAUAAGUCAUACAUUGGCUUUUCCACUUCAAUGGAGGGUUGCAAGAUUGGAAGCAAAAUGGUUUAUUGAGGCUUAUACGAUUAGAACCGAUAUGAAUCCCAUGUUGCUUGAGUUUGCCAAAUUGGACUACAACAUGGUCCAAGCAAUUCACCAACAAGAUUUGAAGCAUGCAUCAAGAUGGUGGAGAAGUACAAGUUGGGAUAAGAAGUUGAGCUUUGCUCGAGAUCGAAUCAUGGAGAAUUUUCUAUGGACAGUUGCUGUUAACCAUCGUCCUCAAUUUAGCGACCUAAGAAGAUCACUUGUUAAGAUUUUUUCCAUGAUUACUACCAUCGAUGAUGUGUAUGAUGUGUAUGGUACUUUGGAAGAACUUGAACUAUUUACUGAUGUUGUUGGCAGAUGGGAUAUCAAUGUGAUCGAAGAACUCCCUGACUAUAUGAAAACAUGUUUCUUUGUACUCCAUAACACCAUAAAUGAUAUCGCAUUUGAGACGUUUACUGAGUCAGAAUUCGUUAUCCUUCCUUACGUUGUGAAAGCUUGGGAAGAUUUAUGCAAAGCAUACCUAUUAGAAGCCCAGUGGUACCAUAAUGGAUACAUGCCAACACUCGAACAGUACUUGGACAAUGCUCGGGUGUCGAUUUCGGUUCCUUUGAUGCUGAUGCAUAUUAAUUUUUCAUUAUCAUUAGCAGUUUGUUCAACUGAAGAGGUUUUGCAAAACAUGGACAAAACUGAGAACAUUGUUCGCUACUCGGGCUUAAUUUUGCGAUUUGCUGAUGACCUGGGAACAUCCUCGGGUGAAAUGAAAAGAGGGGAUGUUCCGACAUCGAUACAGUGCUACAUGCAUGAGAAUGGUGCAACUGAAGAAGAAGCAAGAGCAUAUGUGCAAAUGUUAAUCUUGGAGACAUGGAAAAAACUCAACAAAGAACGUGCGGGUGCGGCUAAAUCUCUAUAUCUAAAGGAAUUUGCCGAUUGUGCCACAAACUUUAGUAGGAUGGCACAAUUUAUGUACCAAGAAGUUGAUGGCCAUGGUGAACGCCCGGACGUCACUAAAACUCAUAUCUUACCUAUCCUUGUCAACCCAAUCUAAUUAAGCAUCCAAAUAAUCUUGUGAAACUUUCAUUGGAGGUGCGUGACAUGGAAUAAUGGACUUUAUUUAGCUAGUGUUGCGUGUUUGUUUUUUAACUAUCUUCAUGUAAAUUGUUGAAUUUGGGAAUAAAGUUACUUAAAUUUAAAUUUAAAGCAAAAA